AUGAUACCGCGGCCGCGGCGGACGACCAAUCUCCUCUACUUAAGACAGCAGAGACGUUGGACGAUGAAGAUGGGCAAGCUGCGCAGGAGGGCGGCGGCGCUGCCGACCUCGCCCUCUUAUUCUUCUAUUUCCCGUCUUUUCUGCAGACCAGAUGAGAAUUCGAAGCGAGCGUCGAGAGCCGGUGACGGCGCCGAACAGCAGCUAUUAAGGAUCUGGUCGACGUUAACUAUUUAG